AUGGGAAUUCGCGCAUUAUCGCGAAAUGCCGUCGCGAAACUAGACCCGUCGGGAUCAACUUUCCUCAGCGGAAGCGCGAGGGUCGUAUCGAUUGACAAGAGCGAGUUCCCCGAUCUGAUCGUAGAUGGGAAUCCGACUUGCUCCUCGUUCUGGAUCCGUCAAACUGUCGAUAGCUCGUUCCUGAAUUUCCGCAUCGACGCGAUAUUUCAGCUGUUCCUCACACUGCUGUGUACUUGCGCGCUCGCGUCGGUGCCGGAGGAUGCGAAGCAGCAGAAACGAGGUAUCGUCAGCAACGACGGAUGGGUCGGUCUACCAAGUCCUUACGGAUAUGGACACGGGCACCCGUGGAUGAUCGAUCACGCGCCUUGGAAAGGGCUCAAACUGCCAGAGGUCAACCUGCAUUCUGGGUUGCAUUUAGCGGGUGCGCUUCCUACUUACGGUAAGGGUGGCAUCGCCCUAACCCCCGGCAUCGUAAAGACUCUGCCAGUGUACAUAACGAAGCAUGUGGUGCUGGAAAAACCGGUACCAGUUCCUGAGCCGGUGAUCAUAGAGAAACCGUAUCACGUGCCGGUGGAGAAGGUGAUACCGGUACCGAUCGAGAAGAUCAUUCACAGACCGGUCCCUAUCCCUAUACCGGUGCCCCAGGCAGUGCCGUUUCCUGUGGAGCAUCCUAUACCGAUCCCGGUGAAGCAUCCCGUCGCGGUACCAGUGCAGCAGCCAUACCCGGUCGCGGUCAAACACCCAGUGCCGGUGCCGGUGCCAGUGCCAGUUCCAAUUCCGGUACAUUCAGCGCCACUUCCUGUUCCGGUGCACUCAGCGCCUCUGUUGGCUGCCAGCGGGCUGGCUGGCGCCAUCUACACCCGUGGCUACGCACACAGCCAUCCCUUCGCGUCGCUGCACCUUCACCCGUCCAUGCAUUUACACGGCCACGGCCUCGAGGCUCUCUCCCAUGGCUUCGGCCAAGGGAUUGGUCAUGUGUUGCCGCAUGGUUAUGGCCAUGGCUAUGGCUAUAGUCCCUCGUAUCAUGACGCUCACGUCGACCAUCUUGUUCACGCGCACGAUCACAAGAAGCGGAAGACUGAUAAGAAUUAGACGUGAGGGAUAGUGACGAGCGCACACGGAACAAUGACAUUUUUUUAUCUUGCAUAAUUCUAAGUAGCUAUAAGUUUUUUAACGAAAGAGAAAGAAAACGA